AUGCCCUUCAGACUUUUAGGAGCCCCUGCGACAUUCCAGCUACUUGUAGACUCCCUCAUAGGGCCAGACAUAGCGUACCUCGAUGAGAUAGUCAUCGUUAAUGAGACGUUCAAGAGUUAUCAGGAAUGGGUAGCUCAAGUUAUAGACCGAUUUCAAGGCGCCGGACUGACAAUCAACAUAAAGAGAUGUGUAUUGGGAAGACUGUCCAUACGUCAUCUCGGGUUCCUUGUUAAUCAGAAGGGUUUGGCAGGUCGAUCCGGAAAAAGUCGAGCCUCGUUUCUCAUACCCAGCCCGAAGAACAAUAAAACAACUGAGACGGUUCUUGGGAAUGACGGCAUGGUACCGUCAUUUCAUUCCCAACUUUGCGACCGACGCCGAACCAUUAAACAAGUUGCUUAG